AUGACUGAGCCGGCAGUUGCGAGCAGCGAUGCCACAAACAUCAGGACCAUGAUCAUGCGAGACGGUGACCACUGGGUGAUCAACGGCAGAAAGCACUGGAUCACCGGAGCAGGGAACAUCGACUGCAAGAUCAUGAUCCUCAUGGGCAGGACCGGCACGGCAGAGUCGCCAACUUACCGGUCCCAGUCGCAGAUCCUGGUUCCCAUGGACACGCCCGGCAUCACGCUCGUGCGACCAAUGGAGACCUUCGGUGACGACGAUUGCCCGAAGGGGCACAUGGAGAUCCUGUUUGAGGAUGUCCGUGUGCCUGCGAGCAACAUGAUCUGGGGAGAGGGCCGCGGCUUCGAGAUUGCUCAGCUGCGGCUGGGACCUGGCCGUAUCCAUCACUGCAUGCGGAUGAUUGGGCAGGCAGAGCGCGCUUUGAGCCACAUGUGCCGCCGCGCCACCACACGCACGGCUUUCGGCCAAAAGUUGGCCGAGAUGGGCGGCGUCGUCCAGCAGAUUGCUGAGUGCCGUUCAGAGAUCGACCAGGCGAGGCUUCUAGUGCGAGAAGCCGCUGACCGGAUGGACAGGCUCGGCAACCGCGACCACUACACUCGCAAGCUGCUCAGCUUGGUCAAAGCUGUCGUGCCAGCCAUGACGCAGCGCGUGGUGGACCGUGCCAUGCAGCUUCAUGGUGGCCUCGGAGGCUCCCAAGACAGCUUCUUGCCUGCGGCCUUCGUGGCGGCCCGGAAUCUGCGUUGGGCAGAUGGCCCCGACGAGGUGCACUGGCGCACGGCUGGCAGGCUCGAGAUUUCAUACCAGAGGAAGGAUUCGCCACUCUUCCAGAUCGAGCUGUACGAACACGACAAGUCAAAUCCGUUCAGGGCGAAGCUUUGA